UAUGUAUUUUUCGGUUGCGACCACUUACAAAGCAGUUACUAGGCAAAAGACAGCAAAAACAAUAUUCUGAUUGGCGGGUCCCCGAGCCCUGCGUCUGCUCAUAGUUUCUCUACAUCUUCGAGGUGAGGGAACAGAGCGGCCUUGGAAUUAGUUGCUGAGGGGGAAGUUGAAAGAAAGGCUACCGAAGAAUAACAAAGUACUAAGAUAAAACAUUAAAAAACCGAAACAAAUCCACAGCCUGCUGUAAACGGCCAAGGAGAAGCAGAAUGGCUUCAGGAGGAGAAUCCAAGAAUGAUGAUCUUUCCACUGCAAUUUUAAAGCAGAAGAACAGACCCAAUCGGCUGAUUGUUGAUGAGUCCAUAAAUGAGGACAACAGUGUGGUCUCUCUCUCUCAGGCUAAGAUGGAUGAGCUGCAGCUCUUCAGAGGGGACACAGUGCUGCUGAAGGGGAAGAAGAGGAGGGAGACGGUGUGCAUCGUGCUUUCUGACGACACCUGCUCUGAUGAGAAAGUGCGCAUGAACAGAGUUGUCCGCAACAACCUCAGGGUUCGCCUGGGUGAUGUUAUAAGCAUUCAGCCUUGUCCAGAUGUGAAGUAUGGAAAGCGCAUCCAUGUUCUGCCCAUCGAUGACACAGUGGAGGGCAUCACAGGCAACCUGUUUGAGGUUUACCUAAAGCCAUACUUUUUGGAAGCCUACAGGCCGAUCAGGAAAGGUGAUAUUUUCCUAGUCAGAGGUGGCAUGCGAGCUGUUGAGUUCAAGGUGGUGGAAACUGACCCCAGCCCGUACUGUAUUGUGGCCCCAGACACAGUCAUCCACUGCGAGGGGGAGCCCAUCAAACGGGAGGAUGAGGAGGAAUCCCUGAAUGAAGUUGGCUAUGAUGACAUUGGGGGCGUGAGGAAGCAGUUGGCUCAAAUUAAGGAGAUGGUGGAAUUGCCCCUGCGUCAUCCUGCUCUCUUUAAGGCCAUUGGUGUGAAGCCCCCGCGUGGUAUCCUGCUGUAUGGACCUCCUGGAACUGGGAAGACUCUUAUUGCCCGGGCUGUUGCAAAUGAGACUGGAGCUUUUUUCUUCCUUAUAAAUGGACCUGAGAUUAUGAGUAAACUUGCUGGCGAAUCUGAGAGCAAUUUGAGAAAGGCGUUUGAAGAGGCUGAGAAAAAUGCCCCAGCCAUUAUCUUCAUUGAUGAGCUGGAUGCUAUUGCACCAAAAAGAGAGAAGACUCAUGGAGAGGUGGAGAGGCGUAUAGUCUCUCAGCUGCUGACUUUGAUGGACGGGCUGAAGCAGAGGGCACACGUCAUUGUCAUGGCCGCUACCAACAGGCCCAACAGCAUCGACCCUGCACUCAGGCGAUUUGGCCGUUUUGACAGGGAAGUGGACAUUGGCAUUCCGGAUGCUACCGGGCGUCUUGAAAUCCUCCAGAUUCACACCAAGAACAUGAAGCUUGCUGAUGAUGUUGAUCUCGAGCAGGUUGCUAACGAGACUCAUGGCCAUGUGGGUGCUGACCUGGCAGCCCUGUGCUCUGAAGCGGCCCUCCAGGCCAUCAGGAAGAAGAUGGACCUCAUUGACCUUGAGGAUGAGACCAUUGAUGCUGAAGUCAUGAACUCCUUGGCUGUCACCAUGGAUGACUUUAGGUGGGCACUUAGCCAGAGUAACCCCUCAGCUCUCCGCGAGACUGUGGUGGAGGUACCCAAUAUUACCUGGGAUGAUAUUGGUGGACUUGAAGAUGUGAAGCGAGAACUGCAGGAACUCGUUCAGUAUCCAGUGGAGCACCCUGACAAAUUCUUGAAGUUUGGCAUGACCCCAUCCAAAGGGGUUCUGUUCUACGGACCACCUGGCUGUGGUAAAACUCUUCUGGCAAAGGCUAUUGCCAACGAAUGUCAGGCAAACUUCAUUUCCAUUAAAGGCCCGGAGCUGCUUACCAUGUGGUUUGGCGAAUCUGAAGCCAACGUGCGGGAGAUCUUCGAUAAGGCGCGUCAGGCUGCUCCAUGUGUUCUCUUCUUCGAUGAGCUUGACUCUAUCGCGAAGGCCCGUGGUGGAAAUGUGGGCGAUGGCGGCGGGGCUGCCGACAGGGUCAUCAACCAGAUCCUGACUGAGAUGGAUGGCAUGUCAAGCAAGAAGAACGUUUUCAUCAUUGGCGCCACCAACAGGCCGGACAUCAUUGACCCUGCCAUUCUCCGACCUGGUCGACUCGACCAGCUCAUCUACAUUCCCUUGCCAGAUGAGAAGUCCCGCAUGGCCAUUCUUAAAGCCAACCUCAGGAAGUCUCCCAUCUCAAAGGAUGUUGAUUUGGACUUCCUGGCCAAGAUGACCAAUGGUUUCUCUGGAGCUGACUUGACUGAGAUCUGCCAGCGAGCAUGCAAGCUGGCCAUCAGGGAGUCCAUAGAGAACGAAAUCAGGCGGGAGCGCGAGAGGCAGACCAACCCUUCAGCCAUGGAGGUUGAGGAGGAUGACCCAGUUCCUGAGAUUCGCAAGGACCACUUUGAAGAGGCCAUGCGUUUUGCCCGCCGCUCUGUCAGCGACAACGACAUCCGCAAAUAUGAGAUGUUCGCUCAGACGCUGCAGCAGAGCAGGGGCUUUGGCAGCUUCAGGUUUCCGUCCAGUAACCAAGGUGGAAGUGGACCAAGCCAGGGCUCUGCUGGUGGCAGUGGGGGCAACAUCUUCAACGAGGACAACGAUGAUGACCUCUAUGGUUAAACUGGGUGGCAGGCAUCCUCAUGGUGCUCCAAAUCAAUCCAUCCAACUUGGGCAGAAAUGUACAAAACCUACCAACAAAAUUCCAUAUUUACAGACUUUAUGCUUCUGAAGUGUUUAUUUUUUAAAAUGUACCAAUUUUUCUCCCCUUCUGCUUUGGAGAAAGCAUGUAGCCUUCUGUUUGUCCUUGUUCUGGUUUGUAAAGGGAUCUUCCUGACAGCACUGGUCAUUAGCUCACAGGGGAUGGACAUAAUGUGUGGUUACAUGUGCAAAGUAGUGGCUUUGACCUUAAAUUUACAACGUUUGGUGUGCAGUUGUAGUAAUGGGCUCAGCAAAUAGCAAGUAAGAGAGCAGAAAGGAACCUGCUGAUGACUUUUUUUAUGGAAGCACUGCAUAAUGUAUUACAGGUUUGAGAAAUAAAUUAAGUUGUCAUAGUGUCUGUAAGACCAUUGUGUCGUAUUAGUAUUGCAACCACACUGAAAUCUAUGUAGCAACUGGGAUUUUCCACCAAAAACCUGCAACUCCCAUCUCUGAAACCUUUUUGUUACUUUUAUUUAUAAACCAAUAACUUAUUUUUUUUUUUGCAGUGAUACUGUAGUAUGAAUUCCUGACGGGUAGAUGUGAGAGGUGUGGAAGUACCGCUACUUCCCAGGCGUCUGACCAAAAGCAAUAAAAAAAAAUAAAUAAAAAUAAUUCCAAAUGGGUCCCAAAACUACAUUGAGCGUCUACCAGCACCUGGCAGUUUUACCUCAAGAUGAAGUUCACAUUAGUAUCUCUUACUUGGAGUUGGAAGCCACAUGCUCGUGCUUCUGGACUGUUUCCCUCAUCAAGUCUGUUCAGCUUUGCGUGCCAAGUGCUGUCACAUCUGAGAAUUCUUAUGCCUUGUUUGACAUUCGAAGUUUCCCCAGUAAUCUUUAGUACUAUCACUACGAGCGUUGCCACCGCCCAUGUGCCCGUAGCACAGGUUUAGGGUAGCUUUGGUUUAGUAGUACCUGAAAUGUCAUUGCAUAACUGCAGUGUGUUAUGAUUUGUACCUGCCCUUUGAUUACAAGAAUAAUAAAUGGGGCUGUGCCCCUUCCUGAU